AUGGCCGAAAUCAGGAGUCUUUCAGUUUGCAUAGAGGCGGUGUUGCAGAGGGACCCUACCUUUUUGGAGCACAAGGUGGAAAAGUCAGUGAAGACCAGCACUCAUACAUCGCAGGCAUCUGAGGUUCUCGCCGAAAAUGUCGAAAUGGAACACCUCGAUAUCCUGGAGCGUCUGCGAAGACGCUAUACCCAUACCAUAGGAUCGCUUGUAUUGGAUUUUGUCCCGGUGACAGCGCAGGGUCAAUUGUACUUUAAUUCAGCCACAUUGAUUUUCCAGGAUACUGAGGGUCUCAAUAUCAACGAGGUCAAUGAAAGUCACAUCAACAGCGCCCACCAAGCAAGGCUCCAGAUUGUGUUGCGGACGACUCGCUCGAUCGUAUACGAAUUGGCUGCUAGGAAUAAGGAAGAGGGAGCGGAGAUCAACCUGGAGGAGGUUAAAAGAAUGCUAAAAAAACUGGAAAUCAGGAUGAAAGGAAGGCUAACAAACGGUAUUUUCUCAGUAUUUCCAGACGAAGGCCUGACGCUCCGGUCGGACGAGGCUUCAAUUGAGGAGCUAUGCCUAAUGACUCUGGAGGACAAGACUAGUAAAGGGCUGGGGCAGGUCAUCGACUUUGAUGGGGUACAAGAGGGCGAUGUGCCCAAUUCGACCACCCUGCACGCCAUGAAGCAGGUUUAUACGCAGGUCGCCCUCUCAAAUGGCAGCCUCGGCCUGAUGACAGGGUUACGAAACGGCACCUGGGUCUACGGACACAACGAAGAGCCAAGGAGUGGAAAUCACAAAAGGAUCCUAUAUGCGACGAAGAACCUGACUAUGGAAGGACUUGGUGAUGCCGAGCGGCUGAAAGUCCUUCUUGAGGCGGAGAUAUUGUGUUUCUUCUGGCGGCUCCCCCUUUUGCUUAAGACAGGCCAAGAACUUGGUCAAGGUGCACAUGGCGCGGUCAAAACCAUCCGUGGCAUGAAUCUUGUUGUCAAAAUCGGGAGCGCAGAUGUUAUCAGACAUGAAGCUUCUUUCUAUCUACGAGCCCGCCCCCAUCGCAACCUGCCCAUGGUUGCUGACUUCGGCGCAUUCGACAUCGAUGGUUCAAACGGGUGCGCCCUUGUACUGGAGCUUGCUAGGCCUGUGGAUGACGCUUCCGUGGACCCAUACGAAAUUUCCAAGGCCGUAGAUGACCUCAACACUCGACUUCGUAUUCACCAUCACGAUAUAUCCCUUGCAAAUAUGGUGAGAGGUAUCGCCGAUGGGAAGCUCAAGAUUAUCGAUUUUGCGGAGGCUGUGGAUGCAGAGGACUGCGAUAAAAACUGUGACCGCGAUUAUAUCAAAGUAGGGGCCUAA